AUGUCGGAUGAUUUAAUUUGGCUUCUUCUCAGGAAUAGGAAUUCAUUCUUGGUAAAACGUAAUGGCGCAGAAUUUACCUCCGAACCAAACAAUUUGACAAAUUUGAACUCAUUCAAAUAUUCAGGACUUGCUAAUUCGAAGGCAAUUGGAGUAACAGCUGGUCCAGAUGAUAGAGGUGUAGCUGUCGUUACGAAAAAAACCCAAGCAGCUUCUUUUCGACCGGCAAAAUCUAUUAAUAAAGUUGUACUUACUAAAGGUAUUCGUAGAUCAGCAAAAAGUUUUACUAAUCAUUUUACUAGAUCUCAUUAUCGUCCUGAUUUAAGAAAGAAUGCUUUGGCUCGUAUCUCUUCCAUUUAUCAAUCUCAAAAACCUGUCAAAGUUCAUGCAGGCAAAACUGGUCGUCGUCAUAGCAAGAAACAAAAAUAA